AUGUCAGAGCCUACAAUCAUUCAGAUGGACUACCUCCGUGGACUUCUCCGCCGCUCGAAAAUAGAUGAAGACCAAUCCAAUUUCAUCUACGGCCAGAUCGAAGCUGCCUGUCGCGAGAUAGAGCAGAAGAGGGAUGAUACGAAUCGCUUGAAAGAGCAGACAGAGAUAUUGACUCGGGAUCUCGAACGAGAGAAGGCGUCUUGCACCUCCCAGCAAAACGUCUUGCGAAACAGGUUGCGGCACCUGGAUUCUUUUCUUGUAAAGCAAAAGGCAUUACCAGGUAGGCUCGACAGCAUUGUCGAGUCUGUAUCCCAGUCGAGGCACGAUGUGAUUUCCGAGAUUGGGAAAAACACUUCGACCUUGGCGGAGAUUGACAAUCGGUCAAAGUCUGACAUUGACCAGUCUACGAGCAGCAUCAAUGGUCGGCUCGAUACCUUGGCCGGUGUCGUUUCAAAGACGAAGGAAGAUGUCAUUGCUUUCGUCGGAGACGGAACCUCGAGUACGGCCCACGGGCUCGAGAAACUAGUACAAAGGGUCUCUGAAGUUCAAUCUGAUCAGCAGACCUUCCGACAGUCUAUCAAGACUGACACCGAUGAUAUCAUCGGUAAGCUUGAUGGCGUAGCUGAAGCUGGUGAACAGUCAAGCGCCAGAUUAGAUGCGCUGAAGGCUUGUUCCACCAGCAUUUCAGAGGCCUUGAGGAAGUCUGAAAUCCAACAAAACGAUAUGUCCCAGGCUUUUCAAAGUCGGUUGGACCUCAAUUUGGCCAAGGCAGACUUCCAUACCCGCAUUGAGUCAUUUGAGGGCCAUGUCCAGAGUCAAAUUGGGGUCCUGAAUGACAAGACUCAAGGCCAGCUCGGUAAGCUGGGUCAAGACGUCCGGGACCAGAUUGAUUCUCUUGACGAUCGACUCCAAGCCGGGUUUCGGGCUGUCAAUGACCUUCCCACUAGACUUGGGGCCCUCAACGAGCAGGCCAAGACUCAAAUUGGGUCAUUGGCCGAACUUGAGAAGUCAAUCGGUGCUUUACCCUCCAAGUCAGACGUCCUUUCUGAGAUCGCUCGUCAGCUCGCCCCUCGCACUGAACAAGAUGAGUUGACGGGAAGAUGUGAGCGCUUCGAGGAAGAGGUUGCUAGAUUAACAUUGGACAACGACGCUUAUCAGCGUCAAAUCGUUGAUAUCCAGACAGGCAACCAAGCAGAGCUGAUGAGGGUCCAAGAGGACCUUAGAACUGCUCUGAGAAAGGAGCAAGAAUUGACCGAUCGAGUUGGCCGCCGAGAUGACACCAUUGAAUGGUGGCAACGGCAGGCCGUGGAGGUUGAGGAACACUAUUCACAGUGUGGCCCAAGAUUUGACCGGUGUGAAGAACAGCUUUGGAUGUGCCAGGCUGAUCUUCAGGAAGCCCAAGCGAGACUGGAGCAUAUGGUGCCUGUUGAGAGGUUUCAAGAGGCAGUUUCAAAGGCCAAUGGUCUGCAGCAAAGGGUGACAGACCUAGAGGCAAGCCUGGAAGAUAUGAGAGAGCAUAAUGCCGCUCAAUCCAAGACCCUCGCCGACACGGUCUCUGAGACCGAACGGGAACGUCAGCGGGUAGCCCGCGCUGAAAGUUAUGUGACACAGUUAAACGGAAGGGUGUCUGAAGCUAAGACUGAGCUUUCACAGUUUAGAGCUCUUUCGGACCAGAACCGAAGUCUGCAAAAUGACUUGAUCAGGUCACUGGAGUCGCAGAGAGCCACAUUGGAAGAGCAGCUGGUUGACAAGCGAGAUCUUGUCGUUUUGAAAGCGCAAAAGGUCGACUUGCUGCAAUCCAAACUUGACGAUGUCCAGGGCCAGCUGCAACAGGCAUUGCUUGAGUCCUCCGGCCUUCAAGAGGCUUUGACGGCUGCUGACGCCAAGAUCGAGUCUCUUGGUCGUAAGUUGGAAAGCGAGGCCACGUGUGACCUCGCUUUACAGCUUGAACAAGCUACAAGCCGCAUCUCUACACUAGAGAACCAGCUUGAAGCUGGCGUUGUGGUUCCCAAAGGUCAGUUGGGUGGCCUCUCAGCUAUGUAUAUUCAACUGGCUGAGCAGGUACGGGAUAUCCCAACGGCAACUGAGGAUUGCGAGACCUUUGAGCUCUCUAUAGUUGCUACUGAGAUUGCUCCUCUACUUGUAGACACCCAACUGGGUGUAUACUAG